GUGAAUUAUUUAAUUAAUUAUUGUAAAAUUAGAUUUUAUGUUUUAAUUUUUAUUAGAUUUUCUUUAUUUUUAAUUAGAUUAAAGUUUUUAUUAAAAGAUUUAGUUUAUUUUAUUGAAUGAGAAAUUUUAAGUCUUCAAUCUAUAUCUAUUGUUAUAACGUUUUUAUUUGAUUGAAUAAGAUUAAUAUUUAUAUCUUUUGUUUUAUUAAUUUCUUCUUUAGUUAUUUUCUAUAGAAAUCAAUAUAUAGAAGAAGAUUAUAAUAUUAAUCGAUUUAUUUUAUUAGUUUUAAUAUUUGUUAUAUCAAUAAUAAUAUUAAUUAUUAGUCCUAAUUUAAUUAGAAUUUUAUUAGGAUGAGAUGGAUUAGGGUUAGUUUCUUAUUGUUUAGUUAUUUAUUUUCAAAAUGUUAAAUCUUAUAAUGCUGGUAUAUUAACUGCGCUAUCUAAUCGAAUUGGAGAUGUGGCAUUAUUAUUAGCAAUUGCUUGAAUAUUGAAUUAUGGAAGAUGAAAUUAUAUUUUUUAUUUAGAAUUAAUAAAAAAUAAUAUUGAAAUAAUAAUUAUUGGUGGGUUAGUUAUAUUAGCUGCUAUAACAAAAAGUGCUCAAAUUCCUUUUUCUUCUUGAUUACCUGCUGCUAUAGCAGCUCCAACUCCAGUAUCAGCUUUAGUACAUUCUUCAACUUUAGUUACGGCUGGGGUAUAUUUAUUAAUUCGAUUUAAUGAAUUAUUAAUAAAUUGAUGAAUAAGUCCUUUUUUAUUAUUAAUUUCUGGUUUAACUAUAUUUAUAGCAGGAUUAGGUGCUAAUUUUGAAUUUGAUUUAAAAAAAAUUAUUGCUUUAUCAACAUUAAGUCAAUUAGGGUUAAUAAUAAGAAUUCUAUCAAUAGGAUUUUAUAAAUUAGCUUUUUUUCAUUUAUUAACUCAUGCAUUAUUUAAGGCUUUAUUAUUUAUAUGUGCAGGUUCAAUUAUUCAUAAUAUAAAAAAUUCUCAAGAUAUUCGUAUAAUAGGAAGAUUAAGAAUAAGAAUGCCUUUAACAUGUAGUUGUUUAAAUGUAGCUAAUUUAGCUUUAUGUGGUAUGCCUUUUUUAGCAGGAUUUUAUUCUAAGGAUUUAAUUUUAGAAAUAGUAAUGUUAAGAUAUGUUAAUAUUUUUUCUUUUUUUCUUUUUUUUUUUAGUACAGGCUUAACUGUAUGUUAUUCCUUUCGUUUAGUUUAUUAUUCAAUAGUUGGAGAUUUUAAUAGAAGAAGUUUACAUCCUUUAAAUGAUAAGGGUUGAACUAUAUUAUUUAGAAUUUUUUUUUUAAUAAUUAUAGCAAUUAUUGGUGGGAGUAUAUUAAGUUGAUUAAUAUUUUUGAAUCCUAGAAUAAUUUGUUUGCCUUUGGAAAUAAAAUUAUUAACUUUAAUUGUUUGUUUAUUAGGGGGUUUUAUUGGUUAUUUAAUAAGAAAUGUUAGUUUAUUUUUUAUAAAUAAGGGAUUAUAUUUAUAUAAUUAUACUUAUUUUAUAGGUUCUAUAUGAUUUAUACCAACAAUCUCUACAUUAGGAAUUAUUAAUUAUCCAUUAAAAUUAGGAUUAUAUUCUUAUAAAAGUUUUGAUCAAGGAUGAAGAGAAUUUUUUGGUAGACAAAUAUUAUAUAAUCAACUUAAAUCAUAUUCUUUAUAUUUACAGGAAUUUCAAAAUAAUAGUUUAAAAAUUUAUUUAUUAAGUUAUAUAUUAUGAUUUAUUAUUUUAUUAAUAUUAAUUUUGUUAAUUAAUU